AUGUUCAGAUCGUCGGAGCCCGUGUCGCCACUGGAUGACGUGGUCACCAAGGCCACGGACGAAAACCUGACGACGGAAAACUGGCAGUACAUACUCGACGUUUGCGACGAGGUGAACAACGACCCCGAAAAUGGCGCGAAAAACGUCAUCACCAGCGUCACCAAGCGUCUCAACAAGAAGUUCGCCAAUACCCAACUGUAUGCGCUCACGCUGGUCAUCUCGUUAUCGUCCAACUGUGGCUCCAAGAUGCAGCAGGCCAUUGCGUCCAAGGCGUUUGUCAAGACCCUCAUGAAGCUGGCCAACGACUCGGCCGUCCACAAGAGCGUCAAGUCCAAGGUGCUUGAGGUCCUGGAGCAGCUGACGGACGAGUAUAAAAAGGACCCUUCGUUGCGGCUAAUUGAGGAGGCCUACGACGAACUGAGCAGGAAGAAGCCCGAUCUCAAGGCCCCCGCCAAGCCCGAAAAACACAAAAUCACCGAGCAGGAGCGCCAGCGAGAGGAGGAGGAGCUGCAGAUGGUGCUGGCGCUUUCGCUGAGCGAAACAAACACCUCUGGCUCAUUUCAGCAGCAUCACCAGACCAACUCUCAGAUCCAACCUCCUGUUAACAACUCUCAUUUUGCCACGGACCCUCAUCAGCAACAACAGCAGCAACAACAGCAGCACAACCAGCAGGAUUACGGGCAGCAGUCCAACAACGCCAACACCAACAACAACGCUCCGGCAGUCGAGGACCCCACACCUACGGUGGCCACGGUGUCCCGAGUCAAGGCCCUGUAUGACUUGAACGCCACAGAGCCCGGAGAACUGUCUUUCCGAAAGGGCGACAUAAUCACAGUGCUGGAGUCAGUGUUCCGAGACUGGUGGCGGGGAUCUCUGCGGGGCCAGGUCGGUAUCUUCCCACUCAACUACGUGAUGCCUAUAGCCGAACCCACUCCCGCGGAGAUUGAAAAGGAGGCCCAGGAAGAGCUGUCUGUGUUCUCUCAGAGCAGAAAUAUUGAAAAGCUGCUGGCACUGCUGUCUUCGCAGGACGCUGCCCGGCUUAAUCUCGCCGAAAAUGAGGAGCUACAGUCCUUGUACCACUCCACCCUUGCCAUCCGGCCCAAGCUGGUCAAGCUAAUCGACAAGUAUGCCCAGCGAAAGGACGACCUGGUGGAGCUCAACGAGAAAUUUGUCAAGGCCCGAAGAGUGUAUGAUGACCUUAUGGAGGCCAGCAUGCCACAGUAUGGAGGAGCUGCUGCAGCAGGUGGAUAUGCAGGUGGUGCACAGGGUGGAGCUCCUGCAGGAUAUCCUAGUGCUCAGGGCGCUCCCGCAGGUUAUCCAGGUACUUCAGGUACUCCAGGUACUCCUGGUUACCCGCCUCAGUAUCCUCCCCAGCAACAGCAACAACAACAGCAACAGCAGCAGCAACAGCCUCCUUAUCCUGUUCAGCCUCUUCAGACACAUCAACAGCAGCCACAGCAGCAGCAACAGCAAACUCCAUACCCCGUGCAUCAAUACGAUAACACACAGGCGCAUGGAAGACAGGGAUCUACUGACUCUGGAAGAUCACAGCGCAUGUAUUCCCAGGGAGGCCAGGGAGGCCAGGGACCCACAGAUCUGCAUCCCGCGACCACCGGAGGAAGUGGGUACGGAUUCCCUCCUCAAUAUGGGGGUGGAGCACCUUCUGCUCCCUCUGCUCCCCAUGGAGGUGCUGGAGGCCCCGGAGGCCCCGGAGGCCCUUCUGCCCCUUCUGGAGCCCAUUCUGGAGCCCCCUCUGCGCCUCCUAGCCAUGCUCCGGCUGCUUCUGCUCCUCACGGCUACGGAUCUCCUUCUACAGCUCAUUCGGCCCCCUACGGAACCUCCCCCGCGGCCUCUGCGCCCGCCAGACACUCGCCAUACAUCAAUGGCACGCCCACCAGCAACCUGGGACAGCAAUCGCCGGUCACCAGCCAGUCGAUCCCUAUUCCCAACAACAACAACCUGGCUGCUCCACCGGUCCAGGGUCUGUACUCUCAUGGCACCUCACCGCCUCCCCCGGUGCCCAAUGCAGGCCCCCCUCCCAGUAAUUUUUACGAGUAG